AUGGCGCCUGUUCUGCGCAUGUGCGCACGCACGCACGCACACACGCACACACACAACAACCGGGGCAGAGAUUUUCUAAAAGAGGGAGAACUUCCUCUGACCGGGGGCUGGGAGAGAGAGAGGGAGAGAGAGAGAGUGAGAGAGAGAGAGAGAGAGAGAGAGAGAGGUGUAACGGGGGAUCCAUGGAGCAUAUCACGGCGCCAGUGUUUUCUAUGUCUUCUUGUCCACGAUGCACUUUCGGAUUUCAAUAAGAUGCGUGUGUGUCUCCAGAUAGUCACUUUCCUCUUGUGCUGCCAGCCGCUGCGAGCUCAGGAUCCCGCCUGCUGCAACCAUGCUGCAGAGUUCUCCUCUUGUAAGGAAGCUUGUGACCAGCUCGCCACCAUAAAGAGUGAGUCUCGUCUGAAGCAUCUCCUCCAAAGGUUACCCAGCUACUGUCCAGAGUCUAUGAAUGAACUGUGGAUGUGCAUCAACUCGACACUCCCAGGAGUAUCCCGUAAAUCCGAUGGCUGGGUGGGGCUGGGCUGCUGUGAGCUGGCUAUCUCAGCUGAGUGUCGUAGGGAAUGCAGACAGGCGUCAUCGAAAGGUGACAUAACUAAAGUAUGCAAGAAAGUCACAGAGAAUUCCCUCUACAGCUGCAUCACCAAAAAUGAAAUGGGCUCCACAUGCUGCAGCUAUGCAGGGCGUCACACCACCUGCAGAGAGUACUGCCAGGCCAUCUUCAGGACCGACUCAACACCCACUGUGUCCCAGAUCAACGCUGUCAAAGAGUACUGUCAGAGUCACAGCGCUCAGCUGCUCAGCUGCGUCAACAACUUCACCAAGUCCUACCCCAUACGCAGCCCUAUAGACAGUCUGUACUGCUGUGACCGGGCCGAGGCCACCCACUGCCAGGUGGCGUGCCGGAGAAUACUUCGCACCAUGAGCACGGAGCACGAGAUCAUGGAGGGUUUGAUCGAGGAGUGCGGCUCCCAGCCUCUCCCCCAGGAACCCAUGUGGCAGUGCUUUCUGGGUUCCAAACCUCCUUCCCCGCCUGAAGAGGAGACCCCCCAUCCUGCCAAGAUGGACUGUGCCAAACUGCACUGCUGCUCCAAGGCCAACACGUCACUGUGCAGAGACAUGUGUCAGGAGAUCAGCACUAACUGGGGCAGCCAGACGUGGCAGGACUUCGACCAGCUCUGCGAGUACAACCCAGUGGAGGCGGAGCUCAUCAACUGCCUGGCGGACGUCCGGGAACCCUGUCAACUGGGCUGCAAGGACCUCACCUACUGCACCAACUUCAACAACAGGCCCACGGAGCUGUUCCGCAGCUGCAACGUCCAGUCGGACCAGGGCGCCAUGAACGACAUCAAGCUGUGGUCCAACGGGACCAUCAAGAUGCCGUUCAUGAACAUCCCGGUGCUGGACAUCAGGAAGUGUCUGCCAGACAUGUGGAAGGCCGUCGCCUGUUCCCUGCAGAUCAAACCCUGCCACAGCAAGUUCAGAGGGAGCGUCAUAUGCAAGUCAGACUGUGUGGACAUCCUGACCCAGUGUGGGGACAGGAAGCGUUUCCAUGAAGGACAGAUGCCAGAGAGGAUCUGUGAACUGCUGUCACCCAUCGACGACCCUGAACGCUGCAUCCCUCUCCACAGAUACCUCACUCCCAGUUCCCUAGGCAACGACAUCGUUGAGGAGGUCAUCCAUCCAUGCAACCCCAACCCCUGCCCCAGCAACCACCUCUGCCAGGUGAACAGGAAGGGCUGCUUAGACGAGCUCAACUGUCAGCCAUACCUCUGCAUUCCAGGCUGUAAACUGGGAGAGGCCUCGGAGUUCCUGGUGCAGCAGGACGCUCGGAUCCAAGUGCCGACUCGUGCCGGACCCGCUGGGUGCUACGAAGUGUGUAGCUGCGGCCCCAGUGGCCGUCUGGAGAACUGCGUGGAGAUGCCCUGUGUGGACAUAAACAAGCCCUGCAUCGUCGGAGGACAGAGGAAGAGUCACGGGACGUCUUUCAGGAUCGACUGCCACACCUGUUCCUGUUUCGCUGGCAGCACCGUCUGCUCCACGCGAGAGUGUCGCAGCUUCGGUAACGCGGAGGAGGAGCGACGCCACUUCACUGGUCUGCCGUGCAGUUGUCCUGACCGCUUCAUCCCCGUGUGUGCCUCUAACGGUCGGACGUACCCCAGCGCCUGUGUCGCUCGCUGUAUGGGAUUCAAGGACCAUCAGUUUGUCUUUGGCCAGUGUCGCCUCAGUAAUCCCUGCACCAGCAAACCCUGCCAGAGAAACCAGAGGUGCGUCCCAAAGUAUCGCGUGUGUCUGAGUGACGUGUCAGACUGCCCACAGUACGAGUGCGUCGGCCGGCCGGGGUCAUGUGACAAGAACAGGGUGGAACCAGUGUGUGAUACCGACGGCCUGGUCCACCUGAGCGUGUGCCACCUGCAGCAGGCUGGGAAGACCCUGGCUUACAUGGGCCACUGCCAGGACUCCUGCAGGAAGCCACAGCAAGUUUGUGGCCACAAUGGAGAGACCUACAACACAGUGUGCGAUGCAUUCUCUGAUCGUGUGGCCCUGGACUACGAGGGCCCCUGCCACGCUGUGGGGGCCGUGUCUGAUACGGCCCCAGACUCUGCUUGUGGUUUUAUUCCUUGUCCAGCUCUGUCCAUGCCCGGCUGCCAGCCUGUCACGCCACCUGGAGCUUGCUGUCCCAUCUGUGCCAGCAUGCUGCAGAUCCUCUGGAACAAAGAGCAGAUGAACACGUUCUCCAAGCUGAAUAAGAUGCAGGCGGUGACGGUCCACGGCGUCCUGCAGAUCCUGCGGCAUCACGUCUCUGUGCCACAGUGUGAUGUGUUUGGUUACCUGAGCAUCGACCAUGAGCUGGUGGUUCUCAUCGCCCCGGUGGACCAGCAGCCGACACCACUGCAGAUUGAAGCCUGCAAUAAGGAGGCGGAGAAGAUCGACUCCCUCAUCAACUAUGCCAGUCCCACUCUGGUCUCCCAAGUCCCCCUCUCCGCCUUCCUCAGCUCCGAGAUCAAGACGUCCUCCAUCUCCUCGUCCGCCGCUGCUCUGACUUCACCUCCUCUGCCCGGUCUGUGCCUCCUCCUCUGUCUCCUCCUUGCCGCCGCUCCAGGCCUCCGCCAUGCCUGAGUGCUUUCCCCCGCCCACCUCCUCACGAACUUUUAAAUAAUCCAAAGUGUCCUCGUGCCACUCCCUCAGGUUUGUGACGAGGUGAAGCGUCGACAAUCUUUUUGAUGAACUCACCUGCGUGUCAGACAAUCAAGGCGGUGACAGAGCUGUUGUUACAAUUGUUGUUAUUGAGAAUGUUUGUAUUUGAAUGAAGGAACAGUAUUAUUCAGUGGAUGAGUCACUCGUGGGGUUUCCCUCCAGUGAAGUGUGGCUCAGCGUGUGUGAGUGAGUGUGUGAGUGAGUGAGUGAGUGUGAGAGAGAGAGAGAGAGAGAGAGAGAGAGACCUUUAAGAAGCAUUUGACUUCGUACCAGCAGUGUUUAUUCAUUAUUCCCAGCAGGAAGCUCUCCUCUGAAAACUUCUGAGUGUGAUUUGAGGCUUUAUACGUGUGUGUGUGUGUGUGUGUGUGUGUGUGUGUGUGUGGUUUUAUUAGGUUGUAAAGACCAAGUUUUGCACAUGACAGAGUUGUGAGAACAUUUCAGC